AUGCCUUCUCUUGUAGAAACUCUCUCGUCUUUCUUCAAUCCUCCAAAGACCACCAGGCAAGAAGCAGGUCUGGUGAAUGGGAGGAAUGCGAUGGACAUCUACAUGGAUGACCACAGAGCGGAGGACGGCAUAGCGGGGGCUGAUAAUCCAGGCAGUUCUUUCAAAGGCUCAGAGUCUGCGACGUUCGCUCUCGGGGACUUCUGCAUUGAUGAGCCACGUCCGAUGAAGGUGGUCGUCAUAGGGGCUGGUUAUUCCGGUAUCGUGGCGGGAAUUCGUUUUCGUCAAAGAGUCAGUAAUCUCGACUUGACAAUCUACGACGGGAACGCAGGCGUUGGAGGGACGUGGUUCACAAAUAAGUACCCGGGCUUAGCCUGCGACAUACCUUCCCAUUGUUAUCAGCUGACAUUCGUGGAAAAUCCAAACUGGUCUUCAUUCUAUGCCCCUGGUUCGGAAAUUCUCACGUACCUUGAGUCAGUGGUCGACAAGUACAAGUUGAUGCCUUACAUCAAGCUCCAACACCGCCUGACAAGUGCACGAUGGAACGACGACGAGGGUAAAUGGCACCUGACCAUCCGACGAGUCACAGACCAGGGAGAUCAUGAGGAAUUCGAAGAUACCGCGGACGUCCUUUUCACGGGGAUGGGGGGUCUUAGCCGUUGGAAAUGGCCAGAUAUCGAAGGGUUACAUGAAUUUCAAGGCAAAGUAAUCCACAGCGCACAGUGGGAAACUGGAGAGGGAAGCGGGGACCCUCAUCUCAGCUGGGAGGAUUCCGUGAAGAGCUGGGGCAAUAAAUCUGUCGGUGUCAUCGGCGUCGGAUCAUCCGCGAUACAGAUUGUACCCUCCCUUCGACCCAAAGUGAAACAUCUCGUCAACUACGUUCGAGGGAAGACCUGGAUAUCACCUCUAUUUAUGAAGGAACAGAUGGACAAACUUUCUAACGACCCCGAAAAUGAGAACUAUGCCUUUACAGAAGCAGACAAGGAAAAGUUCAGGGACCCAGAAUACUACCCUCGAUAUAGACGCGAACUCGAGUCUGUUUUGAAUGGUGUGCAUGCAGUAACUCUACGGGAAAACAUUAUGCAGCAGAAUGUCAGAGCAGCUUUUAAGGAGAUCAUGCUCAAGAAACUUGCCGGGGCACCGGGGGUUGCCGAUUCCCUCAUACCGGACUUCCCGGUAGCUUGUCGACGAUUGACUCCUGGACCUGGAUAUUUGGAAGCACUUUGUGAAGACAAUCUGGAAUUUGUUCGGGAGGAAAUCAAGCGAGUGACUCCGUUUGGAAUAGAGAACGUGGAUGGUACACAUAGGGAGCUGGAUGUCAUUAUCUGUGCAACCGGCUACGAUACGACUUUCAACUACAACUUUCCCAUUAUCGGGAAGGACGGGGUCAAUUUGCGAGAUAAAUGGGAGCCCCAUCCUCGGACGUAUUUAACGGUAGCCGUCGAUGGCUUCCCGAACUGGUUUCAAGCACUUGGACCCAACUCUGGUGUCGGUGCUGGUUCUUUGCUGAUCUUACUUGAACGCGAGGUCGACUAUGCCGUUGAGGCCACUCUUAAACUUCAACGAGAACGGCUGAAGAGUAUCGACGUCAAGAAAGAGGCUGUGGAUGACUUUGAUGCGUAUAUCGAAAGUUUUUUCCCUACGAGCGUCUUCGGAGCAAAGUGUCGCGCUUGGUACAAGGCCGGAAAGGAAGAAGGACGAGUGUUGGCAUUAUGGCCUGGCUCGACUCUCCACUGUUUACGCGCUCUAGAACAUCCACGAUGGGAGGACUACCAUUAUAAGCCUUUGGAUGAUAAACCUAGAAAUCGAUUCUAUUGGCUAGGAGACGGGCAAACGACCGCAGACAAGACUGGGGAAGAUCGCGCGUGGUACCUGGAUCCCAAACACCUCGAUAUCCCUCCCGUUCCGCAGUAA